CUUUCAUGCCUCUCUCAGCAGAUAUAAGAGGCCCCUACAUUCUCCAUGGCCUCCACGCAUCAGCAGCCACUAUUUUGGUUGAAGAGAACCACAACCAAAUGGGUACUCUGGUUGGUCACGUUGCACCUGGUUUCGGCUUCUUGAUCAUUGGCCUAUGGCACCUCUUCAACACCAACAAAAACAAAGCUCUCCAUCCUGACUCAUACAUUUCCCUGCCAUGGUUCCCCUCAAAGCUGGUAAGGCACCUGGAGCUCUAUGCCAUAAUGUUGGGAUCCUCCAUUUCCAUAGCCAUGGAGCUCUUCAUUGGCCCAGAGAAGCACCAACCCUUUGACGAUGAUGGGACAAUCCCCUCUUACCACCUGCAGAACUUUGAGCACUCCUCAAUCUCUCUGUUCCUCUUCAUCUAUGCCUUCUUCACCUUCCUGUUCGAUGCCUUCAAAAUCAAGGUGCACCCUGGUCUAGCCGAGCUGCUUGCUGGACUAACCUUUAGUCAGCAGCUGCUCAUCUUCCACCUGCACUCAGCUGACCACAUGGGUGUAGAAGGUCAAUACCACUGGCUCCUUCAAAUGGUCAUAUUGGUCACCUUGGUGACUACCCUUUUGGGGUUAGCCUACCCCAGGAGCUUCUGGGUGGCCUUCGUCAGGGCUUUCAGUAUACUGUUCCAAGGUGUGUGGUUCAUUGUCAUGGGUUUUAUGCUGUGGAUACCUGAGUUUGUUCCCAAGGGGUGUAGGUUGAACAUGGAAAACGGGCACUUGGUAGUUAGGUGCAUGGAUGAGAAAGCCUUGCACAGAGCCAAGGCCCUCGUAAAUAUACAGUUCAGCUGGUACUUGGCAGGGGUCACUGUUAUGACCCUGAUUUUCUAUGUGAUUAUGAUGAAGAUGUAUGGUGUAGAUGAUGAGUACAGAAGAGUGGGUUCAGAAGAGGAAGAUGAGGACCGGUUGAAGAAGUUUGACAGCUUCCUUGAUGUGGGAAAAGGAAUUACAGCAAUCCAGUUAGAAAGGUGAUUAUGAUAUUGAAUUGUGUAUGAAUUCUACACCUA